AUGUUUCUCAAAGCUGGUUUAACGCUACUACGGCAUCCUCCAACUUAUUCUACACAAUUCAGACCGCUACUUCGAGUAACAAAUUCAACUUUUACAUAUUCCAAACGAUUCCAAUCUAACACCACUUUACAAGUACCGUUAAUUUACAAACAACUACUAUCAUUAAAGCCAAUCACGCCGAAUGAUUCUUAUAUUUCCUGCACAGUGUUUAACGAAAAAGGUGAUGUAGUCGCAGUAUCGCAAAAGUUUCAAAAAUGGGCCUUUUUGAGAGAUCAUAAACUAUAUCCUCGAGAUCUUCGAAAAAUCGAUACUACUCAAGUGGAUAUUAUUCCAAGUAUACUCGUCAAACCUAAUUGUUUCCUUAUUAAUAUGUUACACAUUAAAGCCUUGAUUGAAAAGGAUAAGAUUUUCAUCUUCGAUACCAGUAACCCAUCAGCUGCUGUCAAAUUAGGUGUAUUGAUGUAUGAUUUGGAAUCUAAGUUGUCUUCCACGUCUGUAUCACCGACUUUAAAAUCUAUGGGUGGGACGCAACUAUAUGAACAUAAAGCUUUAGAAAGUAUAUUGAUUAAUGUUAUGAGUACUUUAGAAACUGAAUUCCACUUCCACCAUGAUUUAUGUAGUCACAUUUUGAAUGAAUUAGAAAAUGAAGUGAACAGGGAAAAACUUCGAGAUUUACUUAUAAAAUCUAAGAAAUUAUCACUUUUCUAUCAAAAAUCCUUGUUGGUGAGACAAGUUCUGGAUGAACUUUUAGAAAGUGAUGAAGAUUUAGCUUCCAUGUAUUUGUCUGUGCAUAGGACUGAAGAUGAUGAUUUCGCUGAUUUGGAAAUGUUGUUAGAAACGUAUUACACCCAAUGUGAUGAAUAUGUUCAACAAGCAGCAUCUUUAAUUCAAGAUAUCAAAUCUACAGAAGAAAUUGUUAAUAUUAUCUUAGACGCGAAUAGAAAUUCAUUAAUGUUAUUAGAAUUGAAAGUGACUAUUUAUACUUUAGGUUUCACUGUAGCAACUUUGUUGCCAGCUUUCUAUGGGAUGAACCUGAAAAACUUCAUUGAAGAGUCUUAUCUUGGGUUUGGAGCAGUGGUGUUUCUUUCAAUUGUGUCUGCAUUCAUGGUUACUGGUUCCAAUUUUAAAGCUUUAAGAUCAGUAACGAAAUUGACCAUGCUUGAUAACAACACAAGUAAUGUCACCAAGCUACCAUCCGUUGAAGUAUUACAAGAGACAAAAAGUCAAAUGACCAAGGAAGGAACCUCUCAGUUAUGGGCAAGAUCAAUACAACGGUUAAGGCAGAUUUGGUUAGGUACUAACGGUAUGAAUUCUGUAAGUCAUCGUAAAUGGACUAAAGAAGAUAGAGAUUUGGUAUGGAAAUGGUUAACAGACGAUCCUAAGGAUUGA